CGACAGGACCUCGGCCACGGGACCCAAAAAUUCGUUUUCAUUCCCAGACUUAUUGGUCUGUUAUUCAGAGGGCUUCCCAAUAUAUAUGGUAUAUAUUCUGAUGAUCCACAGUGAAGUACAGUUGUUGAAACUGGGAACUUAGAAGCCUCUGCUUCGUAUUCUCUCUCUCUCUCUGCAGCGCCCAUGGCGAAGAAGUACGUGAGAGAGAAUGUACCGCUUUCUAGAUUUGGCGUAUUGGUGGCGCAGUUGGAGUCCAUUGUCGCCUCCUCAUCUCAGCAGCCUCCCGAGGCUCUUCUCUGCUUCGAUCUCCUCUCAGAUCUCAUCUCCGCCAUCGACGAAGAACCUAAGGAAUCUAUCCUGCUGUGGCAAAGGAAAUGUGAGGAUGCGCUUUAUUCUCUGCUUAUUCUCGGUGCUCGAAGGCCGGUGCGGCAUUUGGCAUCAGUGGCAAUGGCGAGGAUUAUUUCAAAGGGAGACACGAUUUCAAUAUACUCAAGAGCGAGCACCCUCCAGGGGUUUCUCUCUGAUGGAAAGAGAAGCGAGCCUCAGCGCCUUGCAGGUGCUGCACAGUGCUUGGGAGAAUUAUAUCGCCUUUUUGGUAGAAGGAUCACUUCGGGUUUACUUGAAACGACUAUUAUUGCAACAAAACUUAUGAAGUUUCAUGAGGAGUUUGUAAGACUAGAAGCUCUACAUAUGCUUCAGAAUGCAUUGGAAGGCUCAGGUGGUAGUGCCGCUCCUUCAGCAUAUUCUGAGGCUUUCCGUCUCAUCAUGCGGUUUGCUGUUGGUGAUAAAUCAUUUAUUGUUAGAAUAGCUGCUGCAAGGUGUCUGAGGGCAUUUGCCAACAUUGGUGGACCAGGUUUAGGAGCUGGAGAAUUUGACAAUUCUGCCUCUUAUUGUGUCAAGGUUCUUGAUGAUCCUGUUUCAUCUGUCCGGGAUGCCUUUGCUGAAGCUUUGGGUGCAUUGGUUGCUCUUGGAAUGAAUCCUGAGGCACAGGUGCAACCAAAAGGAAAAGGUCAUGUUACUCCAACAAAAAAACUUGAAGGUGGUUUGCAGAGAUACUUAGUUUUGCCUUUUGUGAAAGCCAGUGGAGUUCGGUUGAAGAACAUCCGAAUUGGCCUAACCUUUUCGUGGGUAUUUUUUUUACAGGCCAUUCGUCUGAAGUAUUUGCAUCCAGAUAGUGAGCUUCAAAACUUCGCUUUGCAGAUCAUGGACAUGCUUCGAGCUGAUAGUUCUGUUGAUGCACAAGCACUGGCAUGUGUUCUCUAUAUUCUUCGAGUUGGUGUGACGGAUCAGAUGACAGAACCCACUCAAAGGAGUUUUUUAGUUCUUCUUGGGAAGCAGCUUCAAUCUCCUGAUCUUAGUCCUUUCAUGGCAGUUGCUGCUUUGCGUACUUUGUCAUAUACUCUGAAAACACUGGGAGAGGUCCCAUUGGAAUUCAAGGAAGUUCUUGAUAAUACAGUUGUUGCAGCAAUGUUUCAUUCUUCACAGCUUGUACGCAUCGAGGCUGCUUUGACACUGCGGGCAUUGGCUGAGGUUGAUCCCACCUGUGUUGGUGGUUUGGUUUCUUAUGGGGUGACAACACUAAAUGCCUUAAGAGAAAAUGUUUCAUUUGAAAAGGGAAGCAAUCUGAGAGUUGAGCUUGAUUCUUUGCAUGGACAAGCUGCUGUUUUAGCAGCUUUGGUAUCCAUUUCGCCAAAGUUACCUCUUGGCUAUCCAGCCAGAUUGCCUAGAUCAGUGCUUGAAGUUUCAAAAAAAAUGCUGUUGGAAUCUAGUCGGAACCCUGUGGCAGCCACUGUUGAAAAAGAAGCUGGAUGGUUACUUCUAUCAUCAUUAUUAGCUUCUAUGCCAAAGGAGGAGCUUGAAGAUGAGGUUUUUGAUAUUCUUUCCUUGUGGGCUUCUCUAUUUAGUGGAAAUCCAGAACAUCAAAUUAUGCGAACUGGAGAUUUGAGUUCCAGCAUAUGUGUAUGGUCUGCUGCAGUUGAUGCGCUUACUGCAUUUGUAAAAUGCUUUGUUCCAUCCAACACUCUGAACAAUGGUAUUUUACUUCAGCCAGUGCUACUAUACCUCAGUAGGGCUUUAUCCUAUAUAUCAUUCCUAGCAGCCAAAGAACUCCCAAAUGUGAAGCCUGAACUGGAUAUAUUCAUUAUCAGAACAUUAAUAGCUUAUCAGUCUCUUCCUGAUCCAAUGGCAUAUACAAGUGAACAUGCUCAGAUUCUUCAAUUAUGUACAACUCCAUUUAGGGAUGCUUCUGGAUGUGCAGAAAGCUCAUGCUUGAGGUUGCUGCUUGACAAUAGAGACGCAUGGUUGGGUCCUUGGACUCCUGGAAGGGAUUGGUUUGAAGAUGAACUUCGUGCUUUUCAAGGUGGAAAAGAUGGCCUUGUGCCUUGUGUUUGGGAGAGUGAAGUUUCUAGUUUUCCUCAGGUACGCAUCGAGGCUGCUUUGACACUGCGGGCAUUGGCUGAGGUUGAUCCCACCUGUGUUGGUGGUUUGGUUUCUUAUGGGGUGACAACACUAAAUGCCUUAAGAGAAAAUGUUUCAUUUGAAAAGGGAAGCAAUCUGAGAGUCGAGCUUGAUUCUUUGCAUGGACAAGCUGCUGUUUUAGCAGCUUUGGUAUCCAUUUCGACAAAGUUACCUCUUGGCUAUCCAGCCAGAUUGCCUAGAUCAGUGCUUGAAGUUUCAAAAAAAAUGCUGUUGGAAUCUAGUCGGAACCCUGUGGCAGCCACUGUUGAAAAAGAAGCUGGAUGGUUACUUCUAUCAUCAUUAUUAGCUUCUAUGCCAAAGGAGGAGCUUGAAGAUGAGGUUUUUGAUAUUCUUUCCUUGUGGGCUUCUCUAUUUAGUGGAAAUCCAGAACAUCAAAUUAUGCGAACUGGAGAUUUGAGUUCCAGCAUAUGUGUAUGGUCUGCUGCAGUUGAUGCGCUUACUGCAUUUGUAAAAUGCUUUGUUCCAUCCAACACUCUGAACAAUGGUAUUUUACUUCAGCCAGUGCUACUAUACCUCAGUAGGGCUUUAUCCUAUAUAUCAUUCCUAGCAGCCAAAGAACUCCCAAAUGUGAAGCCUGAACUGGAUAUAUUCAUUAUCAGAACAUUAAUAGCUUAUCAGUCUCUUCCUGAUCCAAUGGCAUAUACAAGUGAACAUGCUCAGAUUCUUCAAUUAUGUACAACUCCAUUUAGGGAUGCUUCUGGAUGUGCAGAAAGCUCAUGCUUGAGGUUGCUGCUUGACAAUAGAGACGCAUGGUUGGGUCCUUGGACUCCUGGAAGGGAUUGGUUUGAAGAUGAACUUCGUGCUUUUCAAGGUGGAAAAGAUGGCCUUGUGCCUUGUGUUUGGGAGAGUGAAGUUUCUAGUUUUCCUCAGCCGGACACUAUAAGGAACUUGUUGGUGAACCAGAUGCUCCUCUGCUUUGGAAUCAUGUUUGCUUCUCAGGACAAUGGUGGGAUGAUGUCACUUCUUGGCAUGCUUGAACAGUGUCUAAAAACUGGAAAAAAGCAACUAUGGCAUGCAGCCAGUGUCACGAACAUAUGUGUGGGGUUACUUGCUGGAUUAAAGGCUUUGCUUGCAUUACGCUCCCAUGGAUUAGGAUUGGAGAUAUUAAAUUCAGCACAGGCUAUCUUUCAGAAUAUUCUGGCAGAAGGAGACAUUUGUGCAUCACAACGUAGAGCAUCAUCAGAAGGUCUUGGUCUUUUAGCUCGUCUUGGAAAUGAUAUGUUUACUGCAAGAAUGACAAGAUCGCUACUUGGCGAUCUAACUGGAGCAACUGAUUCAAACUAUGCUGGAUCAAUUGCUGUUGCGCUUGGUUGUAUUCAUAGAAGUGCAGGAGGAAUGGCGUUGUCAACUUUAGUACCUGCAACUGUCAGCUCCAUAUCUUCACUGGCAAAAAGUGCAAUAUCUAGUUUAAAGAUAUGGUCUUUGCAUGGGCUUCUUUUGACCAUUGAAGCUGCUGGUUUGUCCUAUGUAUCUCAUGUUCAGGCAACACUUGGCCUUGCUAUGGACAUUCUUUUGUCUGAGGAGAAUGUGUGGAUUGAUCUUCAGCAGGGUGUGGGCCGCCUUAUAAAUGCUAUUGUUGCUGUUCUUGGUCCUGAACUUGCACCAGGCAGUAUUUUCUUUUCACGCUGCAAGUCUGUGAUCGCAGAGAUAAGCUCCUGGCAAGAAACAUCGACUCUUCUUGAGAGUGUUCGCUUUACCCAGCAACUUGUUCUUUUUGCUCCACAAGCUGUUUCUGUUCACUCCCAUGUGCAAACUCUUCUCCCGACGCUGUCCUCAAGACAGCCAACUCUAAGGCAUCGGGCUGUCUCCACUAUACGGCACCUAAUAGAAAAGGACCCAGUUUCCGUUAUUGAUGAACAAAUAGAAGAUAACUUGUUUCAUAUGCUGGAUGAAGAAACUGAUUCUGAGAUUGGGAAUUUGGUGCGUAACACAAUUAUGCGAUUGCUUUAUGCAUCAUGUCCUUUGCGACCAUCCCAUUGGAUAUCAAUAUGUCGUAACAUGGUUCUUGCUACGUCAACAAGAAGAAAUGCUGGGAUGAGUAGCAAUGUGGACCAUGAUCCUUCAAAUGGUGUAGAAGGUGAAGCCACGCUGAAUUUUGGAGAUGAUGAUGAAAACAUGGUUUCCAGCUCUAAAGGGAUGGCAAUAGAUGCUUACACUGUUAGCCCGAAUAGAGAUACGCUUCUCAGAUACCGAACAAGACUUUUUGCUGCUGAGUGUUUGAGUUGCCUACCUGUAGCUGUAGGAACAAAUCCUUCACAUUUUGAUCUAUCAUUGGCAAGGAGACAACGUGUUACUGGACAGGGUUCCUCUGAUUGGCUAGUCCUCCAUAUACAAGAGCUAAUAUCACUUGCUUAUCAGAUAAGCACAAUCCAGUUUGAGAGCAUGCAGCCAAUUGGUGUGGGACUUCUUUGUAGCAUUGUGGAGAAGUUUGAAAUGACAUCAGACCCUGAGCUUCCUGGACAUCUUCUGCUGGAACAGUAUCAGGCCCAGUUAGUAUCUGCUGUUCGCAUUGCCUUGGAUACAUCCUCUGGGCCUAUUCUUUUGGAGGCAGGCUUGAAACUGGCUACUAAGAUGCUGACAAGCGGAAUUAUUAGUGGGGAUCAAGUUGCAGUUAAGCGCAUCUUUUCAUUGAUUUCACGCCCACUGGAUGACUUCAAGGACCUUUAUUAUCCUUCGUUUGCAGAAUGGGUAUCAUGUCAGAUACAAAUAAGGCUUCUUGCUGCUCAUGCCUCUCUCAAAUGUUAUACAUAUGCAUUCCUGAGGAGGCACCACACUGGGGUCCCAGAUGAGUAUCUAGCACUGCUACCAUUGUUUGCAAAAAGUUCUAGAAUUCUUGGAAAGUACUGGAUUUGGAUUCUGAAGGACUACAGUUACAUCUGCUUCCGGUUGCAUCUUAAGAGAAAUUGGAAACCUUUCCUUGAUGGGAUCCAAUCACCUUUCGUUUCAUCAAAGUUGCACCCAUGUUUAGAUGAAACCUGGCCUGUAAUUUUACAAGCACUGGCACUGGAUGCAGUUCCUAUGAAUCUUGAUAUAAGUGGAACCAAACAAGCCAUUGAAAAUGAAUCAGCAAAUGCCACAGUAUCUGGGUACAGCAUGGUUGAAUUAGAGCCGGAAGAAUUUCGGUUUUUAUGGGGCUUUGCACUACUGGUUCUAUUUCAAGGACAACAACCUAGCCCUGGUAAACAAAUAAUACCACUGGGUUCUGCGAAGGCUAAACCGAGUGGAGAUUCACCAGUUGAAGAAACGAAUCCUCCGGGUUUGAAGUUGUAUGAGAUUGUGUUGCCAGUGUUCCAGUUUCUGGCAAUGGAAAGGUUUUUCAGUAUGGGAUUUCUUACCAUUGAUAUUUGCCAAGAACUGUUGCAGGUUUUCUCAUAUUCCAUUCACAUGGAACAAUCAUGGAUAAGUCUUGCGAUAUCUGUUUUAUCACAGAUUGUGCAGAACUGCCCUGAAGAUUUUCUUGAAACAGAGAAUUUUGCCUACUCGGCAAUGGAACUUUGUUCAGCCUACCUUUUUAGAGUCUUUCAGAGUGCUGAUGCAAUUUCACCAGAUCAAUCAAACUGGGAAGACUUGAUUUCUCCAUUAUUUACGACUGUGAAAACACUAUUGGGACACUUUGAACCUAAGAAGCAAUUAAAAUCAGUGUUGGCCUUUUUGUUGAUUGGUUAUAAGUGCAUCAGGGCAGCUUCAACUGAGUCAAGCUGCUCAAAAGUUCAUGAUUUUGUGCAGUAUGCCUGUUCUUUAUUCAAGAAACAUGUUGAUGAUAAGUCCAAACUUGGUGAUGAUUUUGUUCUCCAUUUGAAGACAAUUCUUCAAGCAUGUCUGAAAGAGGUUGCAAAGUUGACUAGGGACUGUGUCGAGGCCAUUCAUCUAGUUGAGAAAAAAAGGUCCAACUUACAUAAAAUGCUGCAAAUGAAGCUGGCAUUCUCUCUUGAACAAAUAUAUUUAUUUGCCAAGCAGGCUCAUGAAAUUGAAUGUCUCAGAGAGAAUGAAGAUAGUAACCCCUAUUUCACUUUGCUAAAACAUUGCAUGGAAUGUUUCCAAGUUGUUCUCACGGAUUUCAAUAUACAGGUUCAAUUAAUUGGGAUGCAAGUUUUAAAAAGCAUCGUACAGAGAGGCACCAAUUUGGAAAGCAACUCCUUCCUAGUAUUCUUUGCUGGGGAGCUUUUUGUAGUUCUCUUCACUACAAUCCAGAAUACAUUGAAGAAACCCAUAACCAGGGAAUCAGUGGCCAUUGCUGGUGAGUGCUUGAGAAUCUUAUUGCUUCUGCAAACACUGUCCAAAUCCAGUGAGUGUCAGCGAGGUCUUAUUCAUCUGCUUCUGGAGGCCAUUGUCAUGAUUUUUUCAGCAUCAGAGGAUGGUCCUUCUGUGGAGGUCAAUGAUAUCAGAAGCACUGCCAUAAGGCUUGUUUCUCAUCUUGCUCAAAUGCCUUCCUCAGUAGUUCACUUCAGGGAUGUCUUGUUAGCAAUGCCUUUGACUCACAGGCAGCAACUUCAGGGUAUUAUACGUGCUUCUGUAACACAAGAUCACAGUUCAAUACAGAUGAAGCCCCCAACCCCAUCUCUAGAGAUUAAGUUACCAAUGCAAACAGAAGGACAGAGAGAGAAAGCUUCCCUACAAGUGCAAACAGAGGAAAGUAGAGAGAAAGUGUCCCCACAACCAUCCACCCCAGUGCAUUCUGAUGUGAACAGCGAGGAAGAGGAUGAAGAUGAUUGGGAUGCUUUCCAGUCUUUUCCUGCCUCAACAAAUGCUGCUGCAUCUGAUUCAAAAGUGGAAAUUGUUGCAGAAGAAUAUACACCGGCUGAAAAUUCUCUUGUCUCCAAUUUUGAUACUAAAGAUGAUGACUUUCAAAAGUACACUGCUUCCGAAUCUUUCGACAGUGUGAAAGAGGCUGUUGCUGAAGAUAAUGAAGAGACCAGGAAAGAGGAAAUGAUAUCUGAUAACCUAGGUGACACAAAUGAGGUUGAAAAAAUCCAUGAUUCAGGAACUAACCAUCAAACCCAAGAAUACUCUGCUUCCCAAUCUUUCAACCAGGUGAAAGAGAGAAUGGGUGAAGGUCAUGGAGAGACCAGUAUAGAAGUGAUAUCUGAUACCCUUGGUGGCACAAAUGAGAUAGAAGAACAUCAUCACCAUCAAGAGAGAGGAGCAAUGUCAACCCAAGAAAAUAAAGGUCAGGCCUUGGCUGAUCUUGGACCUACUAAAGAUUCUGGAGAAUUGAGAGCAGUGAAUUUAGUGGAGGAUCAACAGUGGAGCAAUGACAGCCAUGUCAAUAUAAAUGAAAUUCAGGCUUCCUCAGAUCCUUUAUCUCAUGAAAGAAUUUCUGACUCUGAAUCCUAUGGAGAAGCAGAUGGUAAAACUGAUAGUGAGGAGCAUCAAGAGAGUGAUAAACCUUCAGGUUUACAAAAAGGCCAAGAUGAAGCUGACGGAAAGUAAGGGUAGUCGUAGAGAAAUUUUGUGGAACAAACUGUUGUGUUUGGCACCACGGGCAAUCAAUUCUGUUUUGGAAAUAGAUCCAUGGUCGUAGCAGUCCUUAAUCAGAUCCCAAGGGAGUCUAUUACAUUCUGUUUCUAGAGCUGCAGAAGCAUGAUGGAGGAGUGUACAAUCGUUGGGAGCUCAUUUCUACCUUUUUCUCUUGAGUAAUCUGUAUGUCGUAUUUCAGAUCAGCAUGCGCCAGGAUAUCCUAUUCUUUUCCUGAGACUGCAAAAAGUUUAGAAUUCUUGAAUUGCCCAUAUUUUGGUAUCAUAAAAAAAGAAAUCCCCAUAUUUAAGUUAGUGAUAUUUACCAUGUUGUCCAGAAGGAUGUAACACCAAAAGAAAAAAAGAAACCAAUGUUCUAACAUUUGUCAUUUUGAGCUUGUAAUGAGAGCAGAUAUGGUCCUCUUUGUUUCCACAAGAAAAAAUAUUUUGCCUUGGACCCUCAA